UCGCGGGUGGAUGAGUUGCCGCUGCUACCUGCGCUGGAUUCUCCCGGUGGAGCCAUGCAGUGGCCCGCGGUGCCCGGCGGGAGUGUGAUUGCCGGCGUGUGGCUGGUUCUAGACGUGGGGUUUUUCGUAGCUCUCCUCGCGCACAAGUUGGGCCGCCGGGGUAGCCUAGUGUAUACUGUCUUCCAGGAUGCCAUUCGGUACGGAAAGACCAAGACAGGCAUCCAGCGCCCUGCCUGGCUGCACUGCUUUGAUGUCCCCAAAAGGUGGUUCUCUCAUUUCUAUGUGGUGUCGGUGACGUGGAACGGCCUCCUCCUUCUCACAUUAACGGGCUUUAAGGUCCCAGAAUGGAUGACUUCCUUACUCAGCUUCCUAAAUGUCGAUGCCCAGCAAACAGGUGGAGAACUUUCGGCUGUCCUGGCUCUUGCUCUCAUCUGGGUGCACAGCGUCCGGCGACUCAUUGAGUGCCUCUUUGUGAGUGUCUUCUCCGAAGGAGUCAUUCAUCUUGUGCAAUAUUGUUUCGGCCUAGUCUAUUACUUCCUAUUAGGUGUGACUGUAUUUAUCCAUUCACGUCCGGACAGCGGGGCACUAUCCGUUGAAGAUCUUAUAACGCAGGCCCGCUGGUACCAUGUCUUUGGGCUGAUGCUUUAUCUCUGGGGCUCCAUACAUCAGCAUAGGUGUCACGUUAUAUUCGCCAAUCUCAGGAAAAAUAAAUCAGGGAAUAUUGUAAAUCUGAACUAUCUGGUGCCCCGUGGAGAUUGGUUUGAGAAAGUAUCCUGCCCGCAUUAUUUUGCAGAGCUCGUGAUCUACAUCUCCAUAGCGUUUAUCUUUGGACUUGUGAACACGACCUGGUGGCUUGUGGUUACAUAUGUUCUCUUCAGCCAGGCGUUGGAAGCAGUUCUGUCUCAUGAGUUUUAUCAUGACAAAUUUAAGUCCUACCCUCCCAACAGGAAAGCAUUUAUACCGUUUGUAUUUUAAAUAAAAUUGACGUGUAUGUUUUACACGUUUCUUUUUUGUA